CUAGGUCAAACGGAAUAAUAUGUGCUCGAUGCUACAAUUAGCGAACGCAAAAUAAACGGGGCCCUGAAGGCCUCCCUCUCUCUCUCUAUCUCUCUCUCUCUCUCUAGGCUGCAUCUCUGCAUCUUUUCGAUUGAAGCGAACAUGGCGAUGGCGUCGUUCAGAAGAGAGGGACAACGUCUCUCUUCAAUGCUUUACUCCCACUCCAUUAACGCCCUCAAAUCAGGGGUUUCUUCGCAGGAGUUAGCCCCUGUUGGAGCACGUUCAAUUUCCACUCAAAUUGUGAGAAACCGAAUGAAAAGUGUUAAGAACAUUCAAAAGAUUACGAAGGCUAUGAAGAUGGUUGCAGCCUCAAAGCUUCGAGCUAUUCAAACAAAGGCGGAAAAGUCACGGGGCCUUUGGCAACCAUUUACAGCACUUCUUGGGGAUUAUCCAAGCAUUGAUGUGAAGAAGAAUGUUAUUGUUACUAUUUCCUCUGAUAAAGGUCUUUGUGGUGGUAUCAACUCUACUUCUGUCAAGAUGAGCAAGGGUUUCCGCAAGCUGAAUUCUGGCCCAGAUAAGGAAGUAAAAUAUGUCGUUUUGGGGGAAAAGGCAAAGGCCCAAUUAGUGCGUGACUCCAAGAAGGACAUAGAGAUUUCCAUUACUGAGUUGCAGAAGAACCCUUUUAAUUAUACACAGGUCUCUGUCCUUGCUGAUGAUAUUUUGAAGAAUGUUGAGUACGAUGCUUUGAGGAUUGUCUUCAACAAAUUUCAUUCUGUUGUUUCAUUUGUUCCAACUGUGACCACAGUGUUAUCCCCUGAGGUUGUGGAGAGAGAAUCUGAAACUGGUGGAAAGCUCGGUGACCUGGAUUCUUAUGAGAUCGAGGGGGGUGAGACAAAAGCUGAAGUGCUUCAGAAUCUAACAGAGUUCCAAUUUGCUUGUGUUUUGUUCAAUGCUUGUAUGGAGAACGCAUGCAGUGAGCAGGGCGCAAGGAUGUCUGCCAUGGACAGCUCUAGCAGGAAUGCUGGAGAGAUGCUUGAUCGUCUGACUCUCACUUACAACAGGACCCGUCAAGCGUCGAUCACUACAGAGCUGAUAGAGAUCAUUUCAGGAGCAUCUGCGCUAACUGGUUAAGAAAGCUCCUCUUCGUUUACCCCCUUGUUUUGUUUCCCAAAGAUGAACAUCUUAAUAAAUUCUCCGCAUUUCGUUUUGGGAGUGUCGGGGACGUACAAUGCUUCUCUUUUCGAUCAUCGGAAAAUUUAUGUUUUGCUCAGCGUCUUCUGGAAUUUCAUUUAAAAAAAUUGGGGCUGUCCUGCCUGUUGGAUAAAUCUGUAUGGCAUGCCAAGUAAAUUCUGAGAGAAACUAUUUGGGUUCCUUUUUUUUAAUGCAAUAUUGGUAAUAAAUGGGUUUAGUUUCUGUUGGUA